CUAGUUGGAAUCGAAUCUUCUGAACAUGACAUAAGACAAAACUCAUCGCCAUUAUUAAUUUAUGUAAUUGUUGUAUUCACUUAAGUGUCUGUUUUGGCUUGAGUUGUGUUUUGAGAGAGAUUGAAAUAAGAGGAGAUUGACAAAAACAGAUACACAGUUGAAACAGAAAAUCAAUAAGUAACAUUAGAGCAGUUACUGUUCUGUUGAUCCUUUAUUGAUUCAAAUGCGUUUUACUGUCUUCUAUUUAAUUAUGGAGGAUGAAGAAGAAGAUUUGUGAUUCUGAUUUGUGGAUUGAGGAAUAGAAGCUUUUGUUAGUAAUUUUUUUAACCAUGAAGCUUGGAGACAAGAGAGAUAUAAGGCCUAUUCUUAUAAAAGUUGGGGUAGCACUCACUAUAUCUUUAGCAGGCUUUAUUUAUUCUCGCCUUAGGCCUAAAAGACCUAAACCCUCUUUGCCGCCGCCACCUUCUUUGCCUCGCAACUCAGAUUCUGGUGAUGACCUUGAAUUAAGAGGUAGAGCGCAGUGUAAAGAUGAUGUAAGUUCCUGCAGCAUUGUUUCAGUUGCAGCCCAGAAAAAUGAAGACUCUUAUGAGCCGAAGGCCACUGCUGAUAAUUCUAUGGUUGAUCUUUCGCCAAGUAGUAGACUUAGUGGAGAUAACGAUGGACUCCUCUUGCCGGAGUAUAAUGAUCUUGUGAAGGACUAUGACUUUGCUAGCUCCAAUUCUGGGAAAGAAGCAGAAACUCCUAGGUCAGAUGUAGAAAGUCCGAAAGCAUUUAGGAGUUCAGAGACAGAUGAAUGUGAUGAAGAGGUCCGGCAAUUAACAAACAUGGUUAAAAUGCUCCGGGAGAGGGAAAGGAAUCUUGAGAUCCAAUUACUCGAGUAUUAUGGCCUCAAAGAGCAAGAAACAGCUGUGAUGGAGCUCCAGAACCGAUUGAAGAUAAACAAUAUGGAGACCAAACUUCUUACUCUCAAGAUUGAGUCCUUACAAGCAAAUAACAGAAGACUUGAGGCACAAGUGGCUGAUUAUGAAAAAAUUGUGGCUGAACUUGAAGCCGCAAGAUCAAAAAUUAAGGUUCUCAAGAAAAAACUGAGGUCUGAAGCUGAGCAUAACAAGGAACAAAUCUUAGUCCUUCAGAAAAGGGUUGCUAAGUUGCAAGAACAAGACUACAAGGCUGCUGCAAGUGAUCCAGAUACUCAGGCAAAACUUCAGAGGCUAAAGGUUUUGGAGGACGAAGCAGAAGAGUUGAGAAAGUCUAACAUGAAAUUGCAGCUAGAAAAUUCUGAAUUGGCAAAGAAGUUGGACUCCACCCAAAUGCUUGCAAUUUCUGUGAUGGAAAAUCCAGAGAUGGAAGCGCUUAAGGAAACAAGUGACCACUUGAAACAAGAGAACGAGUCUUUGACCAAGGAAAUUGAACAACUCCAGGCAGAUAAAUGUGUUGGUGUUGAAGAAUUGGUAUAUCUUAAAUGGAUAAAUGCUUGCUUACGAUAUGAGCUGCGGAAUUAUGAGCCGCCAGCUGGUAAGACAGUUGCAAGAGACCUGAGCAAAACUCUAAGUCCUCAAUCUGAGGACAAAGCCAAGCGGCUAAUAGUUGAAUAUGCAAAUACUGAAGGAGGGAACAUUACAGAUUUCGAUUCUGAGUGGUCAUCCUCCCAAAUGUCAUAUUUGACAGACUCAGAAAUCCCUGAUGACUCAUCUGCUGAUAAGUCAUCUCGUUCCAAGACCAAUAACUCAAGCAGAGUCAAGUUUCUUAAGAAGCUUAGGAAACUUAUACACGGGAAAGAUGUUAGUAGUCAAAAUCGGGCUUCAUCCACAUCCUGCGAAGAGGGCGAUUUGUCAGCUGUUUCAACAGGAACAAAUACAGCUUCAACUUCCGAGGUACAAAGUAGUAAAGUUUCUCGAAGUUCAUACAGACAUUCUUUUGACAUCCAAAGACUGAGGGUAAAAGAAUAUGAUCUGGUUGAUGAAGGAAGUGGGUAUGAGCCAGUCGCUUUGCAUCGGGCGAAAACUGCUGAUUUGGCAGUAGAAAAUCAACUUGUUCAUCAAGCAGAUUUGAUGAAAUUUGCUAAAGUUUUGAAGAACAAUCAUGGCAGGAGGAGGAAAAAACUAAGAAACUACUCAUCAUUCAGUUUUGGCUAACAAUUGGAUCCUCAAUUCUUCUCUUGUUUAUAUAUACAAAAUUUUAGCUUUUUAAGUAUUGUAAUAGUGAAAAAUACCACUGUAGCAUAUAUCCAUUAGAAAUUCUCAGAAACCACUUUUUUUUUUCAGAAUUGAAUCAGCUUAAGCAGUUGGUUCAACAGCUUACAUUGAUGUAUCAAUACAGGCCACGAUCUUCUGAAAAAAGAUUGCCAUGGCAUAGAUUGUGUUAAUAAA